CUAUUCUGAUCUCUAACAUACAUGUGACAAUAAGUGAUUUUUAAACAUUAAACUUAAGAAAUAAAAUAAAUAAAUGCUCGAGGUGAGAGACGAGGUAGUUGGGUGGAGAGAGAGGCUCAGAGGCUUCAUCGUUGUUUUAACCAUUUGUGUUUCUGAUUUUUAUCUGGUCAUCAUUACAGAGUCAAAAGUCCGGAGCUCUGCUGCUGCUGCAGCUCCCACAUUCUCACCAAAACACUCCCUCUUCAGCUCUCAGAAAGAAAUAACUUCAUGUUAACAAUGAGGAAGAGGAGGGUCUCAGUCCACUAAAAUAUCUUAUCCGCUGUAUUUUCUAUAGCUGCAGUUGGAUAUCUUCAUCUCUUAGACAUCAGCCUGCAUGUAGGAGUUUGAUGCUUCGACUGUUUGUUCUUAUGUGCUGUCUGUUUUCUAACAAGCUCUGUUAAAACAAAGAGGAUGGAAACAUUUAUCUUUACUAACAAUCUUCACACAUUCAUCGUCCUCAGUCAUCUUUUUAUUUUCAUGGUGUCAAACACGUCAUUGACACAAAUGGACACAAUGUGCACCUGCUGAGUCUUCUUAUCAUUUCUCUGUAGAACUUUUAUUUAUAAAAUAUUGAGAGAUUUCAGCUGAUGGACUCUACUUUUGAAACAUGAACAUCAACAAAAAAGAGAAAGAUCUGAUAAUUGCUAAAGUUGUGGUGAGGAUGUGACAUCUGACAAAUAACAGGAAGUACAAACAGUCUUAAAGAGUCAACAGUUCAGAGACUGUGACAGUCGAGAUUGAGAACAAGAAAGAAGUGAGACAGAGAAGCACGAUGGAUGAAUUCAGAUGGAUUCAAAUGUUCUCAUGUCUGAUGAUUCAGAUUGCAGUAUCUGUAAAUGAAACAUCCAUGUUUAUGAAAGUUGGAGGUGACGUCACUCUGCUUUGUCUAAACGUGAUAGAUGAGCAGAAUAACUGUGAUGGUACUACGUGGACCUUUGAUUCAAGAAACAAACCAGCAACAGUAGAGCUGAUCACACUUGGACAGAUUGGUGAAAAAGCCAAAACUAAAUCAGACAGACUGAGUGUUACAGCGAACUGUUCUCUGCUUAUAAAGAAGCUCACAGUUGAGAAUGUUGGUUUUUAUUACUGUCAACAAUACAAAGUCGAGGAAACCCCAUCUAAUCACACUCUGGUUCAUCAGUCUUUGGUUGAUCUCUCUGUUAUUACCUUGACUGAACAUAAGGACACUGAGAAGGUGACGUUAAGCUGCUCUGUGGUGACAUAUGCAGAGUGUCAUCACACAGUGAAGUGGCUGGUUGGAGGUCAAGCAGUGGACAAAGAGAACAAAGAAACAGUGACUUCACAGACUGACUGCUCCACCACUGUAUCUAUUCUGAAGUAUAAUUAUUUAUACUCAUCACGUCAUAAAAUACUGAAGUGUGAAGUGACUGAUACUAAAACAGGAAAAGUGCAGCUGUUUACCUUCAGCCGUCAGACCUCAGGUGACACAAAAACAACAAAGAAACCAGCCAGAAAAACUGAAACAACCACAACAAUUAAGACGCUUCUAAAAUCAGAUGAUACAACAACAAAAAUGCCAACUAUGGAAAGUGAAAGCAUGACAGCAAACAACAAAUCAUCAGGAGAUUCACAACAUGAUUUUGUAUCUUUGAGGUUCAUAAUUGUCUCUGUGGGAUUGGCAGCACUUUCAAUAACAGCUGUGACAGUCAACAUGUGGACAAAAACUAAAGGGAAGAAAACACAGAUGGAUAAAAACACAGUACAUUAUGAUAGAGGUGAAGAUGUGGGAAACUCUGCUGUUUCUAUCAGACUGCACUGAUCAACAACUUGCUGAUAAAAUCACUGCUGUUAUAUUAUCAGUAUCAUCUCAUCUGGUUUUACACAUUAAAUGUCUUAGAUAUGAUGAGUCCAUUUUGUCCACAAGUGUGUGUGUGUGUGU